AUGGGGAACACCUUGUCGUCUGACACGCUGCCGGUGCUUUGCACCAUGGUCGAUGUACACAACCCCAAGGCACAGGACAUGUUCUACUUUUGCAAUGUGAGCAGUGGUGGUGCCGCAACAAAGGUCAUAGGCAGAUCUCAAACACUCAGCGUCGAAGUCAGCAUCAACACCGUGCUGAGCUUCACUGUCUAUGAGUGCCCCGAGCCCGUCUUCACCCCGGAGACCGCCCGUUGCCUGGGGCUCUUGCGGGUCCCUGUCGAACGCUUGGCUGAGCGUUACUCGUCGGGCAUCUUCCAACAGUGGUUCAACCUGGACACCAAGACCGAUCCACGAAUGCCUGCAGGCGACCUGCAAGCCUUGAUCAGCCGAUUCGAGCAGGCCUACUCAGAUGCUGUGUCAGACGUGUAUCAGCCCAAGAUUUGCAUCUCCAUCAUUGGUACAGCCUUCGAAGUUCAGCGGGGCACACGUCAGACAUGCUCCAUCUUCGUAGGGGAGGACGUGAAAACGCAGGCCGGGCCGGAUUUGAAAGCCUUGAUCGCCUCCCACAAGCAGCAGGCGGCCUACAUUGAUGCCCUGCACGAGGAGAUUCGCCGCUUCAACGUUCCCAGUUACCGCCCUUUGUCGGCGGCGCAAGGCAUGGAGGGCAUGCCCGGCUUGUCAAAGCCCCCAACGGCACCGAUGGGCCAAAUGGGUCCAGGCUAUGCAUAG